AUGUCCUGCCGCUCCUACCAAGUCAGCUCUGGUCGCCGGUUGGGCAACUUCAGCUCUUGCUCAGCAAUGAUCCCCCACAACCUGAACCGCUUCCGGGCCAGCUCUGUCUCCUGCAAGAGUGGGCCUGGCUUCCGCGGUCUUGGAGGCUUUGGUAGUCGGAGCGUCAUCUCCUUUGGAUCAUGCUCACCCCAGAUAGCAGCCGUAGGCCCCCGUCCUAUCCGCUGUGGAGCCGGCUUUGGUGACAGCAGUGGUGUUGGCCUGGGGUUUGGGGCUGGCAGUGGCCUUGGCUAUGGCUUCAGUGGCCCUGGCUUUGGCUACAGAGUUGGAGCAAUUGGAAUCCCAGCAGCCCCAUCUAUCACAGCUGUGACUGUUAACCAGAGCCUGCUGACCCCCCUCAACCUGGAGAUUGACCCCAAUGCCCAAAGGGUGAAGAAGGAUGAGAAGGAGCAGAUCAAGACCCUCAACAACAAGUUUGCCUCCUUCAUUGACAAGGUACGAUUCUUGGAGCAGCAGAAUAAGCUCCUCGAGACCAAGUGGAGCUUCCUCCAAGAGCAGAAAUGUGCCAGAAGUAACCUGGGGCCCCUCUUUGAGAACUACAUCACCAACCUGCGGAGGCAGCUGGAUGCACUGGUCAGCGACCAGGCCCGGCUCCAAGCUGAGAGAAACUACAUGCAGGAAGUCCUUGAGGGCUUCAAGAAGAAGUAUGAAGAGGAGGUAGGACUCCGGGCCAAUGCUGAGAAUGAGUUUGUGGCUCUGAAGAAGGAGGUGGAUACAGUUUUCUUGAAAAAGUCUGAUCUAGAGGCCAACAUGGAUACCCUAACUCGGGAAAUUGAAUUCCUGAAAGCCUUAUACAUGGAGGAAAUCCAGUUGCUGCAGUCACACAUCUCAGAGACAUCAGUCAUCGUGAAGAUGGACAACAGCCGGGACUUGAACCUUGAUGGGGUCAUUGCUGAAGUCAAAGCCCAGUAUGAGGAGGUGGCCAGGCGCAGCCGGGCUGAUGCUGAGGCCUGGUACCAGACCAAGUAUGAGGAAAUGCGGGUGACAGCUAGCCAACAUUGCGACAACUUGCGCAACACACGGGAUGAGAUCAAUGAACUGACCCGCCUGAUCCAGAGGCUGAAGGCAGAGAUUGAACACACCAAGGCUCAGCGCUGCAAGCUGGAGGCCGCAGUGACCGAGGCGGAGCAGCAGGGCGAAGCGGCCCUCAAUGAUGCCAAGUGCAAGCUGGCGGAGCUGGAGGGUGCCCUACAGCAGGCCAAGCAGGACAUGGCACUGCAGCUGCGCGAGUACCAGGAGCUCCUAAAUGCCAAGCUGGGCCUGGACAUCGAGAUCGCCACCUACAGGCGUCUGCUGGAGGGCGAGGAGAUCCGGAUCUGUGAAGGUGUUGGACCAGUAAACAUAUCUGUGAGCAGCUCCCGGGGCGGUGUGGUGUGCGGGCUUGAGCCCCUUGUCACCAGCUCCACCCUCUCCCAAGGCGGAGUCACCUUCUCCGGAGGCAGCGGCAUCCGCGCCACCAGCGACAGGGUCCUGCUGAGCACUGGCGCCAGGGCAGGCUCCGUGUUUGUGGAUGAGGCCUGCGUCCCCAGUGUUCGCUGCUCCUUGCCCACUGAGGGGGGCUUCAGCAACUGCAGUGGUGGUCAUAGCUCCAGUGUCCGCAGCUCCAGCAUCCGCUUUGUGUCCACCACCACCUCCUGCCAGACCAAGCACUGA